UGCACGAUCACCUGAGCACCAAGAGGAAGAAGCAAAGCAAAGCAGAGACUGAGGAGGCGCAGAGUCUGUCAGCAUGGUGGGACAGUUUCACAUGUGAGAGGAAUCAACUGCAGCCGGCUCAUCGUCAACAAGGUCAGUCCUCCAGUCUCUGUCGGUGCCAUGGCUGACCCAAGCUGGUGGAAGCUGACCUUCUCGCGCAAGAAGAAGUCUGAACCCAAGGUUCUGUACGAGAUCCCAGCCGAGUACGGCAUCAACACCGGGAACAAAGAGCACCCGAGCAGUAACCCCUCUGCAGAUCACAUGGACAGCCAGUUCAAUGCCAGACUGGAGAAGAUCGUGGAUAAAUCUGCCACUAAAGGUCGCCACGUCAAGGUCUCCAACUCCGGUCGCUUCAAGGAGAAGAAGAAGGUCCGAGCUACGCUGGCUGAGAACCCCAACCUGUUUGCGGAGCACAACCUCAGUGACGAGAAUCACAAAAACAAGACUGACAAAUAGCACACAGAAUGCACAUACUUGAUCCUAAAUGUGUCAUAAAUCAGUGUCACACUCAUAAACGCUUUGCAGAAAGCUCAAAUAUAUGCAAACACAACAACAUUGCACUACAACUGUGUUACUAUGCACCACACCCAGGCAGAUACUGUAUCCAACGGACUCACACCUAAAACAAACAGCUGCUAUCAGCAGCAACCUUUAGACAUUCACAGAAAGUCGGAUCCAAACGAAGUGCUGGAGAAACGUUUCUUCAGAUUUUUUACUCCAAAACUCACUUUACAUUAACUUUUGUUGUUUUAUGUCUUCAAAAAUGAUCACUGAACAUGAAGGACAAGUCAAGCCUCACCUCAUGCAUUUAUGAUUGACAAUAACAUUUCUGUAAUUUAAGUUUAUAUUUUUAUUAUUAUAGAUAUAGUUAUAUUUCUCCCUUUUGUAUGUCUUGCACAAUCAGCACAUAAGUGAAGAUACGCCAGUGGAACCAAAGCACAGUAAAUUUCUUACUGCAUUUUUAUGACCAAUACAAACAGAGACUUGAUUUAAAUGACUGUACUGUGUCUGAACCAUUGUGGUGGAUAACUCACAUACAGUGGCCCCAAAGAGUGUUAAGCUUAUGGAGGGAUCACUGAACAGGCCUGCUGGACACACGUCAGGGCCAAAGGAGUCAAUGGAACCUGGUCUUAUCUCAGAGUUACAAAUGAAGUAACAAAAAAAUGUCCACGAAGAGACAAAAUGGCAUCAAAGUGAAGCAAAAUGUGACAAAGACCACCCCAAAGGAAUGCAAAAAUGACCAGAAAAAUACAUAGAAUGGCUACAAUGAUGCAAGAUGAAAUAAAAAAUGUCCCAAAUGUUGCACAAAUUGACCUCAGAGAGACACAGACUGGCUGCAAAGACAUGCAACAGGCCAUGAUUAGGACCAAGUUGAAUACAAAUGAACCCAAAGAGACACAAAAUGAAACAUUAAAUGACCAAAACUGGACA